AACCUCAGGAUAAGAGGGCAGAGCCUAACCUCAGGCCGCAGGGGAGAGGCCCCAGACCUCAGGCUGUGGGGGAGAGAGCCCCUACUUCAGCCCCUGGGAUGAGAGGAGAGGCAGGGCAGGCGGAGGCCCCGGGGCUUCAGGAAAGCACGGUAUGGCCAAGCUCUCUGGGAGGGUAAGGCAAGUGGACACGGACUUUAUCAGGCACAGAGACUGGAGCCCAGCCCAGGGACACCCCUUCGCCACCCCAGGCUGCUGUGGAGCUGGCUGGGCCUUGCGCUCCAGCAAGCAGCCCGGAGGGUUAACGCCCCAGCUCUCCUCCCUCCCUGGGCCUUUGACCCUCCCGGCUCCUCCCCUGCCCUCCACUGACACCUUUGGCCGGUGGUGGCGUCAUUAUUGGGUCCGUCCCUGUGCAGACCUGGCUGGAGGCUGGGGCCAGGUCGGGCUGCCAUGUUCUCCCUCCGCUCCUGGCUCCCCAGCCUCCCCUCCCUGGAGUGGGGCUCCAGCCUCCUGGACAGCCUCCUGCAAGGCCUCGUGGGGGCCUUCGGAAUCUCCGUCCUGAACAGCCUCCUGAAAGUCUACUUUUUUGUGGGCUGUGCCAAUGACCCCAAGCGGCAGCCCGAAAAGGAGCGGCUGCGGGCCCAGUGGGCCUGGCUGGAGACCCUGCACCUGGCCGGGCUGGCCCUGCUCCUGACGGUGGUGGGGUCCCGGGUGGCCGCCCUGGUGGUGCUGGAGUUCUCCCUCCGGGCUGUGUCCACGCUGCUGUCUUUGGGCAAGGGCUCCCGGAGCGCGGAGCGGCUGCAGCUGUUCCUGCUGAGCCAGUUCUCGCUGGGCUGCGGGCUGGCCUGCGCCCUGAGCGUCCUGCAGGAGGGCGCCCCGCACAGCACCCUCAACCUGCUGCUGAGCCUCGGGCUGGCCGCGCUGCUCAGCGCAGGCGCCCGGCGCCUCCACCACCACGUCUGCCGCCUCUACGAGCUGCACAGCGCCCAGCGCUACUGCGGGGUCUGCCUGGGCCUGCUGGCCGGGGCUCAUGGCCUUCCCCGGCUGCUGGGCCGGGCCCUGGCCGUGGCCUUUGCCGUGGGCGACCUGGCGGCCGUGGUCCUCAUCAACCAGGACUUCCUGAGCACCUCGGAGGCCGUGCGCUUCUGGACGCCACUCACCAUCUGCUACACGCUGCUGGUCAUCCACAUGCAGGAGGAGCAGCAGCGCUUCAGCCUGCAGAGCCAGGUACAGACGGUGCUGGUGCGCAUGGGCGGCCUCUUCGUGCUGCUGCUGACCGUCGGCCGCUGGAUGGACCUCCUGGGCAUCCUUGUCUCCCUGCUGGGCGAGCUCUGGUGCCUGGUGGGCGUCCGCGCCCUGCUUGACCUUUGCCAGAUCCAGGGCUUUCCGUCCCAGAGGCCUUCCGCACCAGCUCCCAGCCAGCCCCUGCCCUCCACACCCCCGGGGUCCCAGAAGACCGCCCCCUCCUGACCUGCCUCGGGGAGGACUUGGAGCCUGUCUCAGGCCUGCUCCGGCUGACCAGCAAGGCCUGACCUUGGGACACUGCCUGGAGACACAGCCACAGGGCUGGCCCCCACCUGGGCCUUGCCCCCACCCCCUAGAGGAAGGGGAGGGUUGGGGGAUGGGGGCCCUGGAGGCCUGAGUUAAUCC